GGCAGGGGGCGGGGCUAGUUUGUAGCCGAGUUAAGAUUGGAAGUCACGAGGUCUUGUGUGCUCAUUGUGGUUUAGCAUACGAGCAGUAGCGUGCGAGUGGUCCCCUGUAUUGAGGGCGUCGUGAGUUUUCUCUCCAGGGUUUGUCACUCUGCUCCGCAAGGUGUAACGUUAACUCAGUCAGGCACCGCCGUGCCGACCCCUAACCUGUGUUUCAAACUAAACAGACCAACUGAAACCAGUAGUUCACCUCUUCUCAGGGCGACCAGCGGUGUGUUUAUGUCUUUGUUUUGCGAAAACGGUGAGUACCUGGACGACAGGAACUACGGAUGGGAAAGUGCUAUAGUGCAGUUGCCGGAACCUGUUUGGGGGGAACUUAGUCAGCGAGCUCGAAGCCUGGAGCCUCAGUGGCUGUGCCCUUUUCAUGUCAGAGACAAAGUAUUCUUGCAGUCGUUUAUGUCAUCACCUCCUCUUCAAACAGAAGAUCCUAAUAAUUGCCAAUUCAAGAUCUUCUCGUCUUGCUGAUAAACCAUACGGGAAGCCAAAAUGUCCAUCAAUGUCAAUCGCAGCGUGUCAGACCAGUUCUACCGCUAUAAAAUGCCCCGUCUCGUUGCUAAGGUGGAAGGCAAGGGGAAUGGAAUUAAGACUGUCAUAGUCAACAUGGUUGAUGUUGCCAAGGCUCUGAAUAGGCCUCCAACAUAUCCCACCAAAUUCUUUGGUUGUGAGUUGGGAGCCCAAACCCAGUUUGAUACCAAGAAUGACCGCUACAUCGUCAAUGGAUCUCAUGAGGCAAACAAACUGCAAGACAUGCUAGAUGGAUUCAUUCAUAAGUUUGUGCUGUGUCCUGAGUGUGACAAUCCUGAAACUGAUUUGUUUCCAAAACCAAUCAGCCAAUGGCAGGAGGGUCUCGUCAUAAUGGGAUUGUUAACCCAAAAAUUAAAGUUCUGUCAUUUAGGCCUCAUGUCAUUCCAAACCCAUAAGACAUUCAUUCAAAGAGCACACGCUUGUAUCUUUUACAUUUUCUGCCCACAGUUCUGCCACAACAAUAAGAAAGCCCAGAAAUAUCUUCUGGGUGGCUUUGAGUGCCUGGUGAAGCUGCAUCAGACUCAGCUCUUACCCAGAGUCCCCAUUAUACUCAAAGACCUAUAUGACGCAGAUCUGCUGGAGGAAGAUGUCAUACUCGCAUGGGCUGAAAAGGUGUCUAAGAAGUAUGUCUCCAAAGAGUUGGCUAAAGAGAUUCAUGCCAAGGCAGAGCCCUUUGUUAAAUGGCUCAAGGAGGCAGAGGAGGAGAGUGAGGGCAGCGAGGAAGAGGAAGAUGAUGAGGAUGACAAUGUUGAGGUGGUGUAUUCCUCAUCUGCCCGUGAGUUGAAAAUGGAGACCACAAAACCGGAGAAGUCGGCCCAUGAGGAGGAGGACAUUGAUAUUGAUGCCAUUUAAAGAUGAAACCAAAAAUCUUCAGUUGCCUCUUCACAUAUUGCUCAGCUUCUUUUUGUCAGACGCAUGCCUUUCACUUCCUUUGGCCUUUUCUUCAGCUCUAGGCCUGGGUUAGCGCACUGCUCAAAGCCUCUUAUUUUAGUCUUUUCUCACCAGCUUUAUUGAUAAAUUGUUGCUGUUGUUUGUAUGCAUGAGUUUCUUGGAUUAUAGAGCAUAAAUUCGAACGAGUUCCCCUUGUAUUUUUGCAACUAUUAAAGAUUUGCCUGUGAAUUCCA